UCGUGUCUGUUCUCUCUCUCUCUCUCUCUCUCUCUCUCUGUGUGUGUACAAUUCCAAAUCCAUUUUUAUAAUAUUUUAAACUUUGUCUCAACCUCACCAACUAGGGUUUGCGUUUUUUUCGCAAAAAUGCCUGGCGUUACCAUCCUUUCCUAAUAUAUUCUUUCGUCGAUUCCAGUUUUCCCUUUAUUUUUCUUAAAAUUCAAAUUUCCGAUAUGGACGGAGUGAGCGGCGGCGGAGACGGAAGCUCCACCCAGUUGCCGGCGCCGGCCCCGAUUCCGAACGUGAACGCGCCGCCACCGUUUCUGAGCAAAACGUAUGACAUGGUGGAUGACCCAUCGACGGACGCUAUCGUGUCAUGGAGCGCAACCAACAACAGCUUCGUGGUUUGGGACCCACCCGAAUUCGCAAGGGACCUUUUGCCUAAGUACUUCAAGCACAACAACUUCUCCAGCUUCGUUAGACAGUUGAACACAUAUGGCUUCAGGAAGGUUGAUCCAGAUCGCUGGGAAUUUGCAAAUGAGGGCUUUUUGAGGGGUCAAAAGCACUUGCUUAGGAGUAUAACUAGGCGAAAACCUGCCCAUGGUCAUAAUCAUCAACAGGCUCAGCAACCACAUGGACAGAGUUCAUCAGUAGGGGCAUGUGUAGAAGUUGGGAAGUUUGGGCUUGAGGAAGAGGUUGAGAGGCUUAAAAGAGAUAAAAAUGUGCUCAUGCAAGAGCUAGUGAGGUUGAGGCAGCAGCAACAGACCACUGAUAACCAGCUGCAGGCAAUGGUUCAGCGCCUUCAGGGAAUGGAGCAACGACAGCAGCAAAUGAUGUCAUUCCUUGCAAAAGCUGUCCAGAGCCCUGGCUUCUUUGCUCAGUUUGUACAACAGCAAAAUGAGAGCAAUAGGCGUAUAACUGAAGUCAACAAAAAGCGUCGGCUCAAGCAAGAAGGUAUUGCCGAAACAGAGCGUGCUGCCGCUCCUGAUGGACAAAUUGUAAAAUAUCAACCUCAGGGGAAUGAAGCAGCAAAAGCAAUGCUAAGACAGAUCAUGAAAUGGGAUACGUCUCAUGUAGAAUCUUUUAAUAAAAACCCCGAUAAUUACUUGGUUGGUGAUACUUCAUCGUCAUCCAGUGCAAUGGACAGCAGCAGCUCUUCAAGCUGGACUUCUGGAGUAACUCUUCAAGAGAUCCCUCCUGCUACAGUGCAGUCUUCUCAUAUUCCUGCUGCAACGGGGAAUCAAGGGCACUUCCCCUCAACAGGCAAACCUGAAAUUCUAUCUGUACCGCAAGCUGCAGUUUCUGAUAAAGUUGCAAAGGAUGGAGCACAUGAGGCACCUUCUAUCCCUGUAUCUCAAGCAGAUGUCAUCAUGCCUGAUCUUCCUUCAAUAACAAAGUUAGAGACAGGAAAUAUUCUUGAUAUUCCUGAAGAAAAUUAUAUGGUUCCAGAGACAGAUGCGGGAUAUAUGGAUCCUACUUCACUGGGAGUAAGUGGGUCAUUUUCUAUGGAUUUUGAAGGUAUUUCACCCGACGUGGACAUUGAUGAUUUGUUUGGCAAUCCUUCUAUUUGGGACGAUCUUUUGCAAACUCCAGUUGCAGAGGAUAUCGAGACCAAUGUUGCUGAAGAGUCCAAGGGGAAUGAAGUGCAGCCAAUGGAAAAUGGAUGGGACAAAACUCAACAUAUGGAUCAACUUACUGAGCAGAUGGGUCUUCUUUCUUCUGAUGUAGAUAGAGUUUGAUUGUCUAUGAAUUUGUAUUAAUCUUUCAUAUUUUCCAAGGUAAUCUGUGAAAUUGAGUAUAUGUGAAUUAUAUUGAAGUUCUUUCCCAAUCUUCAAGUUUCCUUUGUGAGGGGAAAAAUGGAAAAUCCACAUCGGCUCUUGUUUGGAAGAUUUACUUCAUGAACAAGGAGAGAAAACAAUGGAUGGCAGUGGUUACGAUGUUAAGCUGCGGGCUGUUUAUUUCUUUAUCCUUUCUUAAGGUCCGCUAUGUAAAAGUGAAAAUGGAAGAAUCGAGGGAGGAGUGAAAAUUAGCAAUGUCAGAUACAUUAUAUGUGUUGAUUCAUUGUUACCUCUUCCUUUCCUUUUCAUUCUUACCAAGUACAUUAUAUGUGGAUGGGAAUUCCAACUCUACCUUCUCUCCAUCGUUUAUGCUAACAAAAUGUAUGCUUAUUUUGGGAUGUAAUUAACGAGUAUUCCCAAUGCUUCAGAUCAAGGAAUGGAUCUUCAGAUCUCUUAUUUAACAUGAUCAGGUGAUGAGAAACAAUAUCAGCCGUUCAUAAACACAUUAAUGGUUAUUCUU